GUGUAUUAUUUUAUUUAUUCGUAUCUUCUUCUGAUCUUCUGCUUCAUCAUCAUCGCCUAACGCAUGUUGGUCUUCUUGUCUCCUCUGGGACAAUCAGAUUUUCUCCUCCAUCUCCAUCAUCACUCUCUGUGCUUAGCUUGCUCCGCCUGCUGAUUGAUUGGAUUACUUUUAAUGUUAUCAGCAUUAACGCCGCCGUAUCUUGUGGAGUUUCAGACCGUCAUCGGAAAUGUCACAGAAGCGGCAGCCCGAGGAGGAUUACAAGUCUCUACCCGACGGCGGACUUUCCGACGAUAAACGCCGCCGGAAGAUUCCUUCCCUCAAAAGUGUGGUGUUGGAGGUUAUGAAUAUGCGAAAAAUGCAGACUUUUAUGGAGCCCGUUUUGGAGCCUUUGAUACGUAGAGUUGUAAAAGAGGAAGUUGACAUAGCAUUGAGAAAGUACGUGACCAGUUUGAAACGGUAUGGAAUCAGGCUCCGAUUUCAAGCCUAUAAUUCCCCUAUUUUGAUUGAGAUAUUCUUUGCACUUGUAUUGUGUAGGAAUGGUGGGAAAGAUGCACACCCUUAUGAAUUAAGAAGCCUCAAGUUAAAAUUUUUAGAUUCUAUAUCUCCUCCUGUAUUUACUGGAACUCGUAUAGAAGGAGAGGAUGGCUCAAGUCUUAGAGUCGCUUUGGUUGAUGCUCUUACCGGACAAGUUGUGACAACUGGCCCAGAAUCAUCUGCAAAGGUGGAAAUUGUAGUUCUUGAGGGAGAUUUUGACAGUGAUGAAGGGAAUAAUUGGACAGUUGAAGAAUUUAGAGAUAACGUUGUGAGAGAAAGGGAAGGGAAGAAGGCUCUUCUUAACGGGGAUGCAAUUCUGAACCUUAAAGAUGGUGUUGGUUUGGUUGGUGAUAUUUCCUUUACAGAUAAUUCAAGCUGGACAAGAAGCCGUAAGUUCAGACUUGGGGCAAGACUUGUGGAUAACUUUGAUGGAAUUAAAGUUAUAGAAGGAAAAACAGAGUCAUUUGUUGUAAGGGACCACCGAGGAGAAUUAUACAAGAAGCAUCAUCCGCCAUCCCUCUUGGAUGAAGUAUGGAGGCUGGAAAAAAUUGGUAAAGAUGGAGCAUUCCACAGGCGUUUGAGCAAGGAAAGAAUAUAUACAGUAAAGGAUUUUCUGACUUUACUAUCUCUUGAUCCAGCAAGACUUCGGAAUAUCCUUGGGACAGGAAUGUCGACGAAGAUGUGGGAAGUGACAGUUGAACAUGCUAGAACGUGUGUACUUGGCAAGAAAUUGUACUCAUACUAUGCUUCUGGAUCUGAGCAAAAGAAUGGCGUGGUUUUUAACAUCGUGGCACAAGUGUUGGGGCUUUUUGUAGAUUGUCAGUAUAUUCCUGCUGAAAAGCUAUCUGAGACUGAGAAGGCUGAGGCACGUGAGUUGGUAAUUUCUGCCCUUCAACACUGGGAAGAAGUAGUGUGUUUUGACAACGAGUCCUCGCUGUUUCCAAAUAUCCACUCUUCAUCCGCUAUGGCUAAUUCUGAUGGCACCAAUAAUGCUUUGGCAUCACAGAAGGCUCCGAUGUGUGAUUAUCAACCAUCGCCUGAUAACAUGCCAUCCAUAUACUCCAUUGGGGGUUUGAGUGGGUUGGAUCCUUAUGAUUUGCAUAGCAUUGACAGUAUGGAUGUUAGGUUUGAGCAACCACUAAGGUUGCCUGGAGGAGAUACAAACUCCUUCAUCUACGACACAGUAGAUGCUGUAACUCAGCCUUUCUGUGGGGACGAGCCUCUACCCUACUUCGAUUCUGAUUAUUCGCUUCACAGCUCCAGCUUUGAGCAGUCAGAUUCUUAUCUACAGAGCGCUGUGAAUAGCUUUUUAGGUCGCACAGCGGUCUCCCCAGACAAGGCACAGAGGAGAUGGAAAAUGUUGUUCAGUGUAUUGAGGUGGUUCUCUGUUAGGAGAAUUGUUGCUAGAAAGGGUGGUGUAGGUGUUAAUCGAAAAGACAAGGCUCCUCCAUAUUACUAAGUAGCUAGUAGUACACAUAUAUAUAUAUAUGGUAUUUAAUGCUGCGGGCAAUUAAUCAACAAAAGUACUGGGUUCAACUGCAGAAUUGAAGACGCUUAUUUAUGAUGCAUGCAUGCAGUCUCUUCAAUCAUCAGAAAAUUCAUCUCAUCAAUAUAUAUAGAUAUAUAGUUGUGAAAAUUAAAGCUCUGAUUAGCUUAUGAAGAUUCAUAUAUGUGGCAGGUGUUGUGGAAGGAUGAUACCUAGCUAGCUAGCUUGUACUCAUCAGUUCUCCUUUCUUUUCUUGGAAUUGUUUUAUUGUUGUGGACUGUCGAUUUACUGUACUGUAGUCUGUAGUGGAGAAUAUCAUCUUUGUGCGAUAUCUCCGAUCCAUUUCCAUUUAAUUUUAAGUAGUUUUAUUCUGUGC